CAUCCGACAACCACCACCACCUCCCCCAAUUGCCCCACUUCGCUGUCGUCCUCCUGCUCUGCAGCAUGCACGCUGCUCCCCCGCUGCUCCUCAGCCUCCUGCUGCUCCGCGGAUGCUGCUGCGCCUCCGCAGCCGCCGGCAAGGCUCGGAGGCAGGUGCCCAACGACGGCACGGAGCUCGUACCGGAAUACACGCACAACAGCGACCGCAAUAACAACACGAUGAAUAAUAACAACAACAGGGCCAAAACAGGUGGAAGAGCAAGCAACUCAGUCUCCUACAGCGCCUCGGAGCUGAGCUGCAGGGAGCUGCGUUCCACCCGCUACAUCACAGACGGAUCCUGUCGCAGCGCCAAGCUGGUGAAGGAGCUGGUGUGCUCGGGCCAGUGCCUUCCCUCGCACCUCAUGCCCAACUCCAUCGGCCGCGGGAAGUGGUGGAGGAGUGGCGGCGGGGCUUCGGACUACCGCUGCAUUCCGGCGCACUCGCGGACCCGCCGGGUGCAGCUGCGCUGUCCCGACGGCAACACUCGGACUUACAAGACCCGCUUGGUCACCUCCUGCAAGUGCAAGCGCUUCCGGCCACAUCACAACCAAUCCGAAGCCAAGGAGAUCCCGCGGUUGCCCCGUAACAAGAAGCACGGGCGCUCGUCCCAGGACCGGACCAAGAACAACACGCCGCUGACAGACAACGCGUACUAAAUCUUUCUGCUAGUCUCCCGACAACACACAACCAACCCGAACGAUCUCUCUGUUGGAGAGGACAUGCGAGAGACAUUUCACUCCAGAGCGACUUCAUAAGCAGGAAUGAUUUGAAGUGUUUUUCAGCCAAUCUCGGUUUUCUUUUCUGCAUGACAAACCUUAAAUGUCGGGGCUCGCCACGAGAAGACGUCGCAGCGGGCGCUUGUCCUGAUAUAAAGGCAUCUCAAGCGUAGCAAACAUCCUCCCCGCCGGGCCCUCAAAGCCAUCUGUACAAACAUACAACGCUUGCUCCUCCUGCUACAUUUAAGGCCGACAAGAUGCACCAAAGGGGCUGUAAUCCAUCUGCUUCUGACUAGACGGGACACUGGCAGAUCAGGGGGGUGGGAAUGGGGCUCCGAUGAAGGGAUGCUGACCGCUUCGGAAAGAGGCCUGCCACCUCUUCCGCAUUACUUGGAAUUAUGACUUCUCUGAGCCCACAAACAGACCCAAAAGAAGAGUGAUCCUCCUCCUGCCAUUCUGUAAAUACAACUGCACCAUGAAGACGCCUUUUUCACCUUUUUGUUGUGACCGGGACACACACACACACACACACACACACCAGACAUCCUCCCCUUUAGCAGCGCCCCUGUCAUUGUCCACCGAUUUGAAAGCAUCCUGACAAUGUUUGCAGAUUUUUGGGACUGUUAAAAAUGCGCACCUGGAAAGCAUUUGCCAUUGAUUGUACAUAUCAUACUUGAGUGGUGCCCUCGCCAGACUGGAGGGGGAGGGGAUGGGGGGGAAAUCAGGUGUGAGCGAGUGCCGGUGGGCGGCAAAAGGGGCCGAUUUCCACAAACACAAGAGUGAACUGAAUAUUUAUUAUUUCCACAUUUAAAUUAUUUAUGCAACCUUUUUUGUAGUAAAUAAUAAUCGCCAUUAUUGUCAUGUAGUAUGAUAGCGCAAUGAAAUACGAAUAAAGUCAAUGCAGAUAUA